UACCGUUUGUUUACCCUCAAAUAUAAUUUCUUAAAGAAACACUACAGCGGCAUUCAUUAAGGAAAACAUAACUUACGAACACUGUAACAUGUCAAAAGUAAUUAAAAAAAUCUUCUGGAACUACGCUACUUUUUCUGGUACUGCCACACACAAGAUGGCGGUUUCUGUUCACUGGUGACGUAAUCAAAGAGCGCCGAUAAACUUCUCUAAAGGGAAGGUUCAUGUACUGUCAUUUUGUCAAUUUCAUAACCAAGCCUGAAUCCUAAAGGAGUUUAACAAGAACAGGCACAAUGUCGUUGACCAACACUACCUUGCGGCUACUAAAUGCAGCCAGACGGUCUAUAACAUUUAGUGCUGUUAGGACUCAAGGCACAGUUACAAAGCAGAAAGACUUUCAGACACAGAAGGAACAUAAAAGCAAAAAAUUACAAUUUGACUGGCAAGACCCCCUGUGUCUGGAUUCCCAGCUAACAGAGGAAGAAAUCCUCAUAAGAGACAGUUUCCGCUCCUACUGCCAGGACAGGCUGAUGCCCCGCAUCCUCAUGGCCAACAGAAAAGAAGAGUUUGACCGGGAGAUAUUAUCAGAAAUGGGAUCACUUGGUGUUCUCGGAUCAACUAUUAAUGGGUAUGGGUGUGCAGGUACAUCUUAUGUGGCAUACGGACUGUUAGCUCGCGAGGUGGAGAGGGUAGACAGCAGCUAUCGGUCAGUGAUGAGCGUCCAAUCCUCUCUUGUUAUGCAUCCAAUCUACGCAUACGGGACAGAAGAACAGAAGCAAAAAUACCUGCCCAGACUUGCAAGAGGGGAAUUGCUUGGCUGUUUUGGUCUCACAGAACCAAACCAUGGUAGUGACCCAGCAGGGAUGGAAACCAGAGCGCGUUACAACCCAAGUGGCAAAUCUUACACACUGAAUGGAUCCAAAACAUGGAUCACUAAUUCCCCUAUUGCUGACCUCUGUGUGGUUUGGGCAAUAUGUGAAGAUGGUAGAGUCAGGGGUUUCCUGAUUGAGAGGGGAACUAAGGGGCUGUCCACCCCCAAAAUAGAAGGCAAAUUUUCUCUUCGGGCUUCAGCAACAGGCAUGAUCCUUAUGGAAGAUGUAGAAAUACCAGAGGAAAAUCUGCUUCCAAAUGUUUCAGGAAUGGGUGGUCCCUUUGGCUGUCUGAAUAAUGCUCGUUAUGGUAUUUCUUGGGGAGCCUUAGGUGCAGCUGAGUUUUGUCUUCAUGCCGCCAGGCAAUAUACUUUAGAUAGGAUACAAUUUGGCGUCCCUCUUGCCAGAAACCAACUGAUCCAGAAGAAGAUGGCAGACAUGUUGACAGAAAUUACUAUUGGCCUACAGGCCUGUCUACAACUAGGUCGUCUAAAAGAUGAGGGAAGAGCCACCCCAGAAAUGAUAUCUAUGCUAAAAAGGAAUUCAUGUGGCAAGGCGCUUGAUAUAGCCAGGCAAGCAAGGGACAUGCUAGGGGGAAAUGGUAUUUCAGAUGAGUAUCAUAUCAUCAGGCACGUCAUGAAUCUGGAGGCUGUUAACACAUAUGAAGGUACACAUGAUGUCCAUGCUUUAAUUCUUGGAAGAGCUAUUACAGGACUGCAGGCAUUCACUGUAAAUAAAUGAUGUUGAGAAAAGGGAAUCUGGGAACUGAGGAGGAGAUUGCAACGGUUAUGAAAUUAAAUCUUGAACUUUCAGAACAGAAUUUUAAUGUAGACUGAAUCUUGUCAUACUGUUUGUCUUUGUCUAUCAAUUAAACAUAUUUCUUCUACAAUAAAAGGGACCGUGUACUGUAAAAAA